AUGAACCAACAGGCGUCCGCCUCGGACGGCCUCUUCUUUCUCCUGCGUGUACCGGAAGAACAAGUCAAGCAUAAGACGAUAGACCGGAGAAAUAGAACUGAAGAUGAUGCGGAUCAGGAUCAAGACGAAGACGAAGACGAAGACGAAGAAGUCGGUACCGACACUAGAGAUGAUGAAGACGACAGCGAAGAUAGCGAUGACGUGAAUGGAGAAGAUGAUGGUGGUGAUAAAGAGGAAGAAGAGGACCGUCCCCACAUCUUCUCCAAUGGGGCUCCACUAAUUCAGGCCGACGGUGUCAAAAGGUUGCGAUCAAGGUCUGCAACCUGCACAAAUUGUUCGGAAGAAUUCGACGUGACAGACAAUGGAAAGGACAGCUGUGCGAGCGAGAGCCUGACUAGCAAGCCGAUAUAUGGACAGAUCACGAUGAAAAUUGCCAUGGCCGAAUAA